AUGAGUUCUGCUCCCCUCAACGUGACUGCCUUGCUCCAGGAAUACCCUCCGGAAACAUGCACGCUGCAGACGUGCCCUGCCGUCCUCGCCACCGUCCAAUACGUCCCCUCCCUGCCAGGAAAUGCCACCUACCUCGCCAUCUUCGUAGUUCUAUUGAUUGUGCAUCUCUUCCUCGGCAUCCGGUACCGGACCUGGGGAUUCCUCGGAGGCAUGAUGGGCGGCAUCAUCCUGGAGAUCAUCGGCUACGGGGCCCGUAUUGGGAUGCACAACAACCAAUUUGUCAAGGAUCCCUUCUUUGCAUACCUGAUCACCCUCACUAUCGGGCCAGCCUUCCUUUCCGCAUCCAUCUAUCUCUGUUUAGGAAGGAUCGUGACCGCCUACGGCGCUCAUCUGUCGCGCUUCAAGCCUCGCACCUACACCAUUGUGUUUGUUACCUGCGACAUCCUCUCUUUGAGCCUGCAGGCAGUCGGCGGAGCCAUUGCCGCUGAUGGCGGUCAACCAGACGAUGAGAAGCUCGGCGAACACAUCAUGCUCGCUGGUCUCAUAUUCCAAGUCAUCUCUCUGGUCCUCUUCUCGGUCUUGUGCAUCGACUUUGGGCUACGGGUGAGAAAGUCCCCGAUGCAGAGGAACCAGGCGCUCGCCUUUGUUACCGGAAGUUUCAAGUUCAUGGCUUUCCUCUGGAGCCCCAUGAUCAUGCUGGCCGUGGUCGUGCUGGCCGUGUACCAUCCGGGCUACGCCUUUGAUAACGAAUGGGCGGCUGCGAGCUGGUCGUUCCGCAGCGACAAGAAGGCUGGCACGUACAGCCUGUGCAGCGGCAAGUCGGAAGGAGGCAGCAUGGACUCUCGAAUCGGGUCGUAUGUUUGA